CGUCAUUCGUCCCAGCCCUCACGCUUUCCCUGCCAUAUCUUGAGUCGAGAGAUCACAGAACGCAGACAUCCGUAGACACUACACAAUUAUGAGUGCACAUUGAAAAUACAGAAUUGUGCUAUCGUGGCAAUGAAUCUACUUCAUCCGCUCUCCCGCAACAUGCUACACUCAGCUGUGUGGAAUGGGCAUCGUUGAGUAUGCAGCUGCUAUACCUGUGCAUUUGUGCCUGCCGCCACUUUAUCGACUUGUUUGGAUCAGAGCUUCUCCUUCUGUCAUAUAGACAAGAUGUGUCGAUUGGAAAGGAUGUGGCCACACUCAUCCACUUACCUGGGCCAGCAUACCAUCUCUCCCGCGUCCCAUCUCACCAGUCUGGUUGCUUUUCAUAGCUCUUCCUUAGCAUCUUUUGUCUAUCAUUAAUUCCAUCCGCACUUGUAAUGGCGGAAUCAGCUGCGGCUUCGGAUGUGCCUCCCGUGGAGCGACCGGAGAAGCAUACCAAGCCCAAACGUCCUCACAAGCCUGCGAAGCCCGGACAUCAUGACAGGCCCGCACCACCCCCACCGCCUGUCGAACCGCCUCAUAAUCCUUACCCUGAAGACACAGAUCAAACUGCACCUGAGCCGAAUGUUGAGCCAGAACUACCGUCGGAGCCCGAGGCAGAGCCCGGGUCACCAACAAGAGAACCACCACAUCCUGAAGACGAAGUUCCUCCUCCUGCGCCAGAGCCCGAGGCAAAGUUCGGUUCACCAACAGGGGAAACUCCGGAACUUGACUUCAAAUCUCCCCCCAAUCCACCAAAGGAGGGCCCUGGUGAAUUUCAGACUGAUGGUGCUGCUGAACAAACACCUGAAGCUACCCCAGAAGAACCUGCAGCUAAGCCUGCAGCUGGAGAGCCUGAAGCUGCACCUACUCCAGAUCAACCCUCCGUAGAUCCUGCACCUGAGCCGGAUACAGAACCUGCAGUUGCCCCCGAAGAACCUGCAGCAGAGCCACCAGCUGAAGAGCCUGAAGCUGUCCCUGAAGAACCAGCAGUAGAACUAUCAGCUGAGGAGCCGAAAGCUACAGCACCCGCCGAAGCUACAUCAACAGAGCCAGAAGUUGCCCCACCAGCUGAAGAAGAAUCUCAGCCGGAAGCAGAGCCAACGUUACAAGUGCCUGCUACAGAGCCCGUUGAGACAGAACCUGUAGAGUCUCCACCACCAGCUGCCGAGCCCGAACCUACGCCCGCGCCUGUCGAAAGGGCAGCCGAACCAGAAGUGCCUGCUGAACCUCAGCCGGCAUUCACUGAGCCAGUGCCAGAUGCACCAACAGAACCUCCACUCGCACCACCUGUCGCAGAAGAACCCGAGGCAGCACCGACUGCGGAACCUGAGGUCGUACCAAUUUCCAGAGCAGUAGAGCCAGAAGCACCAGCAGAAGCUGCACCAAGACCGGAAGCCGCUCCUGCAUAUACUGCGGCAGAGACUGAAGACCUGCCGCCUCAAUCUCCAGAGGCACCGGCGCCUGAAGCGGCACCUUCUGUAGCAGAAACAGAAGCACCAGCUCCUUCUGUUGUAACUACCGCUACCAAAACCCGCAAACGUGACAAGGUCAAGCUACUUGCGGCGAUGCGCGCACCACCCGAAUCCGUCCCCAUCAUGGUGCUUCUCCGCCAGAAAAAGAAGGCUGGUGAGGACAUCAAAGCCAUUGCCGAUGCCAUGCUUGCGGCCGCAGGAUCGUGAAGUGAACUGGAAGAUUGGUAUUUGGAUCGUGGUGGUGAACUCCAAAUCUCCCUAAGAACACCCUCUACCUGGCGUUGAUUACCGGUUCCUAUGUAGAUGUUACUCUUAACUCAAUGUCAUCUUUACCCUCGUCUCUGUUUACGUGUAACGCCUCUUCUCUGCUCCAUACCCGUACAUGAUGAACAUUGAACUUUUCUCAGCACGCUCUUUUUUACCUACUGCAGCAUAUGUAAGAAGUUUACUACGUUGGUAUCUUAAUAGCCUAGACGACUACAUUAUCUUGGUUCCUCUAGA